GUUAUUGCCUUUCGCUACGUUCAUCGUCAAAUAGGGACGUCCUGAGGAAGGUCCAAAAAGGCAGUGCAGCUGCAACGGACGAUCCGAAGAAUACCCUUUUCCUUUUUCUCUCUGCCCUCGCUCUCUAGAAUAAUCAUCGUCUUCUUCACUAAACUAUGUGCAGACGAUCUUCAGGAUCAGUUUGAUCUCGCGUCACUGUAAAUCUUUUAGAUAAGACCAGGAGUUUUCGCCCAAAAAAAAAAAAAUUUUAUUUCCUGCAAGUAUCUCUUCGGUUAUGGCUGUUGCUGAGAAUGUUGGGGCCAUAAUCGGCUCUUCCGGUGACAAUUUGGAAAACCGUGUAGUAUCCUCUGACUCAACUGUACCUAAUGAACUGGAGAAAUCGAAGCUCAAACCUGGUUCCAUGGGAAAUGGUAUAGAAACUAAUGUUCAGCCCGUCAAUGGUGAUCAGAAUCUGAACGCUGUCUUCAGCAACAAAGACAUCGUUUCGACUACCAUAUCAGUCCCCAAUAACAACUAUAAGGCUCAGAUGGCUCAGAUUCGAAAUGGAUUUGAAGAAAAUGGGGUCCAGACUCAACAGAUGGUGAUGAACAAUGGUGGCUAUGGCAUUAACCAGAUUUCUAAUGGGGUGAGAAAUGGUGAAGACGACAAUGGUGAAAGUUUCAAGCGGGAUAUGAGGGAUUUGGCAGAACUAUUAUCGAAGUUGAACCCUAUGGCUGAAGAAUUUGUGCCCCCAUCGCUUACUAAGAAUCAUGGGAUCUUAGGUGGUGGUGGAGGAUUUGGCUACACUAACAAUUUUCUAUUACAGGCUAACUAUGGCAAUGCCAAUGGUCAAAUUAACAGAAGGAGGAAGAACGGCUAUAAUCAGGGCAAGCGAAGAGUGAAUCAUAAAAUGGAUGUGGAAAAAAGAGAAGAGAUGAUAAGAAGGACUGUUUAUGUGUCUGAUAUUGAUCAGCAGGUUACUGAAGAGCAGCUGGCAGCUCUCUUUCUUAACUGUGGCCAGGUUGUUGAUUGUCGAGUAUGUGGGGAUCCAAAUUCCAUUCUUCGUUUUGCCUUCAUUGAGUUCACAGAUGAAGAAGGUGCUAGGGCUGCUUUGAAUCUAUCUGGCACUAUGCUUGGAUAUUAUCCAGUGAGAGUGCUGCCUUCAAAAACUGCCAUUGCACCAGUUAAUCCAACAUUUUUGCCCAGGUCUGAAGAUGAACGGGAGAUGUGUUCAAGAACCAUUUAUUGCACAAAUAUUGACAAAAAGGUUGCUCAGGCAGAUGUCAAACACUUCUUUGAAUCUCUCUGCGGAGAGGUCCAUCGCUUGAGGCUUCUUGGUGAUUAUCAUCAUUCAACUCGAAUUGCGUUUGUUGAGUUCAUGAUGGCUGAAAGUGCAAUUGCAGCUCUGAACUGUAGUGGUGUAAUUUUGGGAUCGUUGCCUAUAAGGGUAAGUCCAUCGAAGACACCUGUCCGGUCACGCACACCUCGUCCUCAUAUGCACUGAGUCAUCCUUAAUGCUGGGGUUGAUUGCUGCUGAGAGAAGUAUUUACAUCUAUAUAUACGUAGAAAGAGAUAUAUCCUAAGGGACUGCUGGUGUUCUGUUGAUACUUUUGUCCUUGGAGUCUUGCAGUAAGGUAUCUACCGUACCUUCGUGGGGUUAUGGGUUAUUUGUUUAGCUUGUAGAGUUGGACAGCACUUCGAGAAUCUAGAUGGAUUAAGUUAUGAUGCACAAUGUAUUGAGCAAUGGUUGGAUGUUUCUAGCAUCUGAAAUUUCUUGUAAGAAACUUGGUAGCUGUAACAAACCUUUGGUCCUCCUGAGCUAAACUUUGUGCACAUCGUUGUCUAAAAGAA